AUGAAAUAUUUCGACCGAUAUAACAUCUUAACUGAUUUACAGCAUGGUUUUAGGGCCAAAAGGUCGACUGUAACUCAAUUGAUUGGUACUAUCCACGAUAUUUCAAGUGCUAUUAACAACGAUUCCACUGUACAUGCUGUCAUUCUAGACUUUGAAAAAGCGUUCGACAAAGUCCCACAUCAACGCCUGUUGAGAAAAUUACAAAGUUACGGAAUACAAGGGCCCCUGAAUAAUUGGCUUAAAUCAUUUCUCACGGAUCGUUAUCAGACAGUUGUUUGUGAAGGGGAAGCAGCCAAACCAACAUCGGUAACCUCAGGCGUCCCACAAGGAACUGUUUUGGGACCGUUAUUGUUCCUUUCGUACAUCAACGAUUUGCCAAAUGCACUGAAUUCUAGUGUUCGAUUGUUUGCGGACGACGCGCUUUUGUACGGCCUAAUCUCGGGAAGCUCAAACAGUGAUGAAUUGCAGGACGAUCUUAGCAAGUUGGAAACCUGGCAAGAGAAAUGGCAAAUGAAGUUCAAUCCAGGGAAAUGUAAAGUGUUAUGCAUAUCAACAAAAAAAGACCCUCCGCAAAGGAAAUAUUCUUUCUGUAACACAGAGUUGGAGCAAGUCGAGUCGGUCGCUUACCUGGGUAUCACCCUAAAUAACAAAAUGAAGUUGUCGGAGCAUGUCUCAAACACAGCAAGUAAAGCCAGUAAAUUACUUGGAAUGGCAUGA